AUGUCAGGAAAAGCCCUUAGUAAUAAAAACGCCAUCAACUUCUUUCCUGGCCACCCUUCGCCGCGCCUCUUGCCUCGUAAACAGAUUCUUCAGGCCUCGACUAAUGUGCUUUUUCCUUCAGAUGACUCACCAAUAAACAACAAGACUUAUUUGGAUGGGUUACAACGUGAUCCCCUCAGUUACGGCACUGAUGAAGGGUCACUUUGGGUUCGUGAAGCCAUUGCUGCGUGGACCAAUAAGAAAUUCCACAUUUCUGGCCAACUGGGACAAGUGGAACCGGAGUUCAUUAACCUCACCAACGGAGCGUCUUACGGGGUCCUCAAUGCCCUUUUACAAACCACGUUGGCUCAUACCGGGUACACCAGGCAAGCGUUCAUCACUUCCCCAUGUUAUUAUUUGAUCAAUGAUUGUUUCAUCGAUGCAGGGUUCAAGGGGAAAAUCACCGCGGUGGAGGAAGGCCAUGACGGUCAACUUGAUUUACAAUUUUUGGAACACCAAUUACAACUCCACGAGGCGGCACAAAACUCAUCACCGGAACUGACCCUCGAGAUUAUCAAUAGUGAUAAAGAUGCCAGAGCCUGGAAGAAAAUUUACAAGUACGUGAUUUGGUGUGUGCCAACCUUCUCGAACCCUGGAGGAAUGUCGAUGUCAUUGGAUAAUCGGAUGAAAUUGCUCGAAUUGGCGAGAAAAUACGAUAUGUUGAUCAUUUCUGAUGACGUUUAUGAUCUUCUUGAUUAUCGGGCCACUGCUCAACCACCAUUACCAAGAUUCGAUAUCCUCGAUCGUCAAACCUUACCCAACGGUGAUGACGAUGAUAAUGAUGGGUACGGUAAUGUGAUUUCCAACGUGUCAUUUUCCAAAUUGGUGGCUCCUGGUCUUAGAUUCGGGUGUCAAGUUACCGCCACCCAUAAGUUGAGUUAUCAAUUAUCCCAAGGCGGGGCCAACACCAGUGGGGGUACCCCAUCGCAAUUCAACGCCAAUAUCACCGGGAAUUUGAUGAUCACCGGGGAAUUGGAUAAGAUCAUUGAGAAUUUCCAAAAAGUCUACGGAGAAAGAUCACAAAUUAUGGUGGAGAGUAUCAAGAAAUAUUUACCCGCCGAUUGUAUCUUACAAGGUGGGGAAGGUGGGUAUUUCAUGUGGCUUACGUUCCCGGAUUCUUUAAAUUGUAAGAAAGUUUGUGAAGAAGCUAAGCGCAGAGGGGUGAAUUUGGCCAACGGUGAUAACUUCGAGGUCGAUGCUAAUCGUAAAGGAUGGGGUACCACCAGCGUGAGAUUAUCGAUCAGUUUCUUAGAAAAAGAAGAUAUUGCUCAAGGGAUCAAGAUCUUGGGUGAAGUAUGUCAUGAUUUGUUAAAAUGA